UGAAACUCAUAAUGCUACAGUGAAUGUGGAUCAAACAUUAUGAUCUACUUCAUAUAAUUGCAAACCAGUACGAUGAUGACCUUUACCAGGGGAAAAACAAAAAUCCAACCAGUGUCAAUGAGUGACAUGAGUAAACUGCAUAAUGCUGAAGACCAAAGUAAUGUUGCCCACCUGUUACUAACACAGAUCAUUUGCUGGCUAUUGCUUUGGUUAGGAUAUUAUGGAGUACCUAUUAUUGAUGUAACCUGUAUUAUUAUUUCACGUACCUAGUACGUGAAAACACUGAUUAAGACAUUUGAAUUUAAAGAUUCCUGUUGAUCGUUCUGGCAACAUUUGUGAAUACUCGGAUCAUUUAGACGUACUUUCUAAUAACAGAAUCCAUUGUUCAUUGCCACUUGAGUAAAUUACAAUAAAGUUACGCGACUUUCACGUCACGUACCGCAAUGUACUCGACCGUUGGAAUUUAAAUUAUCUCGAGAACAACCACCAGGGGCGACAAAGUCUCAGCACUGCAAGUAAAUUAAGAUGUGUUCUGAUGCGUUCGGAGUAGAAAUGGAUAAUUUACAAAUAUAGUUUUGCUUUAAAAUGAAAUGUUCCUUUUCAGUUACCAAGUAUAACUUUGCCUGCAUAUCGGAGUAAUUGGUUAAUCUCUGUUGGGUUUUCAUAAAGGCUAACUGGCCAAGCAUUUUUCUGAAAGGCCUAUUAGCUAACGUGAAGCCUCGGAUUUUCCCUACACCUGGCUCUGGAAUAAAUUCGGAGACGCAAGAAGCCGUGCCGUGACGCGCCUCGCUUGACAGUCAGACCUGUUAUUAUGAAAAGCUACGCGGCGCUGCACUGUGUGUAGCGUGGAGAAGUUGGACAUGCCCGGGCAUAUCCGCCACAUGAACAGUGAGUGUGUCGCCGCGUCUCCGCCGCUAGGUAACAGAAUGGCGAUGGAUAACAGUUUGAGCAGUUCCCAAAUGAACGCUGUGGACAGUGAGAAACUAGUAAGACCCAAAGUGGAACUGCAGACUCUGUUGCAGCAUGCUGGUGCCAGCAAGGACAUUUUCACCCUGAAGGAGGUCAUGUUUUACCUGGGGCAGUACAUCAUGAGCAAGCAGCUCUAUGACAAGAAGCAGCAGCACAUCGUCCACUGUGCCAACGACGCCCUGGGAGCUGUGCUGGGGGUGGACAGCUUCUCCGUCAAAGAGCCUCGAAUCCUGUAUGCUAUGAUCUCCAAAAACUUGACUGCUGUCAAAAACCAAGAUUCCCAGUCCGCUUUUACAGAACCCAGGAGUCAGAGUGAGCCUGAUCGAGGGCCUGAGGAAACGGACUUGGACUCACACUCUUCUACCUCAGGACGGAGAAGGAGGAGGUGCAGUGACCCUGCUGGCUGCUCCACAGAGGAGGACGCGAGCGAGCGCAGGAAGAGGCACAAGUCGGACAGCUUCUCCCUGACCUUCGACGACAGCCUGUCCUGGUGUGUGAUCGGGGGGCUGAGGCGGGACCGGGGCAGCAGCGAGUCUUCGGACUCGAGGAGCGAUGCUGAAGUAGGUGUUUCUGGUUGCGAGGACUCAGACGAGAGCCUGAGUCAGGACUCUGACUGUGACAACUUCAGUGUGGAGUUUGAGGUGGAGUCCAUCGACUCGGACGACUACAGCGAGCAUGACGAGGCGUCGGUGGCGUCGGGCGAGGAACAGUUGUACGAGGUCACCAUCUUUGAGGCGGAGGAUGAAGACUCCUUUGACGAAGACACGGAGAUCUCAGAAGCAGACUACUGGAAAUGCUCCAAAUGUGAGGAGCUGAACCCCCCUCUCCCGCGUCACUGCAACCGCUGCUGGACCCUGCGGCAGGACUGGCUCCCGGAGACAAGCCCCAAAGCCCUGCCCCCGAAACCCCCCACCACUGGCGGCGACGCCGAGGAGGGGCUGGACGUCCCGGACGGUAAGCGGGCCCGCUCCCCGCCGGCCGCCGGCGAGCACAAGGAGGACUCGGCGUGCGAGUCCCAGGAGCCCAGCUCCCAGCCCUCCACCUCGGGGGUCAGCAGCGCCCCCUCCAGCCAGGACGAGGUCCCCGAGCUGGAGCGCUUCAACAGCCUGGAGGCCUGCCUCCCCGCCAGCUGCCUGGAGCCCUGCGUCAUCUGCCAGAGCCGGCCCAAGAACGGCUGCAUCGUGCACGGCCGCACCGGCCACCUCAUGGCCUGCUACACCUGCGCCAAGAAGCUCAAGAACCGCAACAAACUCUGCCCCGUCUGCCGGGAGCCCAUACAGUCCGUGGUGCUCACCUACCUGAGCUAAGCUUUCCCCUCCCAACAUGAAGACACUCUCCGACAUGGAGCGCAUGUGCUCACAGUUCCUUCAGUUCAGUUCACCUGUUGUUUUUCUAUGGACACAAUAAAAAAAAAAGAGUUUAAUUGUAUUUAACAAACGAGGUAUCUCUGUUCCCAUAUGCUAGAGAGUGCAAAUGCUCCAUCUUUUAGACAGGUCAUAUAUUUUGUAGGGCACAAUGUGGUUGUGGACCAAUAGUUAUGUUGGUUGCCAGCAAUAUUGCCUGUCUUGCGUGUAUUUAGUUUGUAUUUUAGAGUUGAAUUCUUGUAAUACCUAAUACUUAACCUUUUGAGUGCAAUACAUACUUUAAAUUCAAAUGCUUAACCUCUAUCCUUGAACAUCCUACUAAAAAUAUUGAAGAUAAAUGUUUUUCAUUAGAAGUUGAAGGGAUUUUUGUUCAGGACAGUGCCACAUUCCCCAAAGUAAAGGGCAAUGAUGUUUUAGCAUUAAGACAAAAAGGGCUAAGAACUGUACGUCUGUACAUGCCAGAGCACUCACCUUUUUGCGUAGUCACUGAUUAUAAUUAUUAUUUAUUUAUUAUUUGUGUAGUUUUCCUUGACUCACAGUACAGCUAGAAUGAUCAAAAGGUAGCCGUUCUCACAGGGUUAAUAAUGCCCUUCUCCGGCUGCUGCAGCUGAUGGCGGCUUGACAUCGGCCUUUGUUGUGUUGGGCGCUCGCAGAAUGGCGCGUUACCAGGGACCUCGUUAUUAAAACUCAGGAAACAUGCCCCAACCUGUCUGCCCCCGAGACCACCUGACUGCAGUCUGGCUCCCUCACAUCCCCAAACCCCCUUAAGCUGCUUGCACUGUUCCUCUUCCUGGAGCUCGGAACUCUGUAUGACCAAGAGGCCAAGGUUUACUUUUCUUUCUGUUAGGGAGAUGAAGGAUAGAAGCUUUACUUUCUCUUAAAAAGAUAGAAACAGAAAGAAAAACAUUGAAUGUGAUGUGGUUUCAUUUUUGCUCUAUUUGAUUGUCUGGGGUACUGUGGCAUUUUCUCUUUUUAAGAGUUGUUUGCAGUGGUGUGGUUAAUUUUGGGAUACUCUCUCGUGAGGGCGGAGUUGUAUCUGUCUUUUGUGUAAGCACAUGUUUUCAGUGUCCAAGGUAACUAGCUCAUCUCUGCCUAUACAACUCGUGUUGCAGCUUCAGAAGCUACGGGCGCAGCUCAAUAACUUACGUACAGCCCUGUCUUUAGAGAUAGCAAGGGUGUUUGAAUAACUGGGUAACAUGGAAAAUGUAUAAUUCAUUACCUAUCGGGUACUACUUGGCCUGCAUUCACAUGCUAAUGUUAAAGUCGUCGUGUUGGCGAUACAGAAUCCAGGAAGUGCUGCAUGAGCACAAUAGAAAAAUGUUGCUACGUUGCUUUGAGCACCCUCACCUGGUCACAUGGCAUGAACAACAAAAUGUCCUGCCCGUUUGCCUUUGUCCACUGUUUUCAUUGUGAAUUUGAGAGAAGCCCAUAAUGACCAUCUUCUUAUGGGAGGCGGCAUGUUAAUUUUGUUCAUGCUUGGCAAGAAGCAACUGUGCUGUUUGUGUGAAUGCAGCCUUAGACAGGAUUAACUACAGCAGUGGUUCCCGACCUCAGUCCUGGUGUACCCCUGUGUAUGCUGGGUUUCGUUCCCACCACAAUUACAAUACCAGAAUUUUAACAAAUUGUUCAUUUUUCUUAAUUAGGUGCUUAUGUUUAGAGAGAUUAUUAACCCACUUAAGCCACAUCAUGUCAAAAAUAGCCAUAAACAAUAAAGUUACCAUGUUCAUAUUGUGCUUAUUGUGCUUUAUUGCAAACAAUUACAUAGAAGAGGUAACAAACUUUUUGGACCAAUUGAAAGAAUGAGAUUAAUCAAUAGACCCUUGAACAUGUAGCGGAACGCUUAAUUUCCUGAAAUUUAUUGACACAAUGCAGGUUCAGCUCGUUAUCAUUUGCUUUGUCUUUGAACUCUUCAUUAUCUUCCAGAUGGUUAGUUUUAGUGGCCAGGUGUCCACACUUUGACCAUUUAGAAGCCUUUUGACACACCUCAGCCUUUAAUUUGAUCCAUUAAAAAUAAUUUACCUUUUAAUGUAAGUGUUUGCAAUAAGCACAAUAAGCACAGUGUGAACGUGGGAAUUAGGCAAGUC